AUGAAUCAAAUUACUAACACUUCAAACAACAUCACUACUAAUAGUUACUUAUCGACAAUGCCAUCGAUAAUGCGGUGUCGACUGAAAACAGGUGUUACCGGUUUCGGGUUUACUGUCAAGUCCCGGGCAACAGCACCGACACUGUCGGUAAGUGAACUUCACCGUAACGGCGAGGCCGAAAAGUCAGGACUCAUACGUCCAGGCGAUCUUAUACUGAGGAUCAACGAUCGCGAUGUCUCCCAGUGCUCGUAUAGCGAAGCCUACGAGAUCCUACUGUCGGCUCAACGUGACUCACAGUCGGCAUCGUUUGUAGUGCGGGCACCGAUCGGCUAUACAACCCGACUGGAAACUACGUUCGCAGCUGACGGAACUCCGCGAACAGUUAGAGUUACCGAAAAAAUUAUCCGAAAGUCGACGACCAAAGAAAAUGAGUCGCCAUCGGUGGACACAUACUCGCGUGUUCAACAACAGGCGCUGACAUCGUCACCGCUGCGACAGCCGACCAACCGAUUGGUCAACUGUUCGUCGCCGACAACCGGCGCUCAGGUUUUUCCUAAGAGAGGAAAUAUCAGUAAUAAGGAGACAUCAAAUUUGACAAAAUCUCCAGAAACUACUACUACUACUACUUUUACCAAUACUACUACCACUAUCUGUAACUCGACGAGUGAUAGUAUUGUUAAGUCAUUACCUCAGGAACAGCAUAAUUACUGUCCCAACGAUGCACAGUAA